AAUGUCGUUAGUUGCGCUUGCGCGUUAAAGAGCGGCUGUCAGAGCUGGGGGCCUUGGUGAUUUCCAUUGUAUUACUUGAGGAGAGAAAAGCCUCGAAGGUGGUCGCAGCUCUUUCGGCGAGCGGCGGGUCAUGGAGCCGGAUCCUAUGGAAGGGGAAGGGUGUGAUAUCAGUCACCAUGAAGGAACCGGCGGGUCUUCCCCACCGCUAAGCGGACUCACAGCCUCUCAGCGGCGGGCCGAAAUUCGCCGCCGAAAGCUCCUGAUGAAUUCGGAGGAGCGGAUCAAUCGCAUCAUGGGUUUCCAUCGGCCGAAGGCGGAUGAUGACACUCAUUCAGAAACUAAGCUUCAAUUGGAACAGGAUAAACCAAUUUCCCUUCCUGCUCCUGUUUCCAAACGGAUUGUGCUUGGUGAUACAGUCUGCAACUUAUCAGGAACGGCUGACCACACAAGCAGUUUAGCAGAGCACAAAGGAGAGAAGAUAGACUUAUUUAGCAAAACUCAUGAAGUUGGUAGCGAUGGCAGCAGUGAGCUCCGGCAACGCAGUAGAGGGGAACUAUUGGACGUUCCACAGAGAGCACCACGGCAUGGAUUAGAUCAGUAUUUAUCAAGGUUUGAUGAAGCGAUGAAGCUUAGAAACCAGCUGAUGAAUGAGAAGCCAAGUCAAGAAAAUGGAAGCGUUGUGGAGGAAUUUGAUUCCUUUCACAUUUUUAGAUUGGUGGGCUGUGCACUCCUUGCCAUUGGUGUUAGAGCUUUUGUAUGCAAAUAUUUGUCAAUAUUUGCUCCAUUCCUUACUUUACAACUUGCAUAUAUGGGACUGUCAAAGUAUUUCCCGAAGAGUGAAAAGAAGACAAAAACUACAGUAUUAACUGCUGCUCUUUUACUGUCUGGGAUCCCUGCAGAAGUAAUUAGCCGUUCCAUGGACACUUACAGCAAAAUGGGAGAUGUCUUUACAGACCUUUGUGUUUAUUUCUUUACUUUCAUUUUCUGUCAUGAACUGUUUGUGUUUUUUGGCUCAGAAGUGCCAUGAUAGCAGCUGAGGGAUUCAAUACAUCAGCAGGACUAUUUUAUAGUCUUGAAUUCUUUCACACCUCUCUGUAAAUAUACAAACAGGGUUAAAUGUUGUUCUUCAGUUCUUUCUGAAUUCAGUGUACUUUAAUCAUAGCUAUGAAGGAAAAGCUGCAUUCCCAACUAAGAGGGUGAAUUAUUACAGGUUAGGUAUCAUAUGUGUAAUCUCAAACAUGGAAGACAGAGUAACAAUGUUUCAAAAGUGGGCCUUUCCUGCUACUAAGGAAGACAUUAGUUUUCCCACUAUGGCAGAUGCCACCUUGUAUUUUAAUAUUUCUCUUUUGGACACAAAACCCCAAGACAACUGAGGUAUUGUGUGGUUGACCGAAUUACAUUUUAUGGCUUUGUUCCAGAAUUCUUAUCUUGAGAACUUAUAUUGAAGCUUCUGUUGAACAAAAGAUGGGAAAGCUAUUUUGGCCUAUCCCUCCAUUUCAUGUGCCCUUCAAAACACUGGGAUAAGUACCUUCUGCAACAUCAUAUAAAGGGCACAGGCAGUUGAAAGGCAUAGUAGGUAGUGCUUCUCUUUCUUCCUCCCAUCAGAAGCCCAUGCUUGAAACUUGAUCUUUUCCACUAUGGAUCAAUCCAGAAUGAUUUCUUAAGAUCAUUCCUCUGUGUUAAUAUUUGUCAUUUCAAUAUACUAGUUCAUACUUCGAGCAAGUGGCAUAUACUGAUAAAAAUGCUGAUAAAAUUCAGAGGCUUCUGGUUUUAGGAAUGUGAUUAGACUGGGUCAAAUUGGUUUUUCGUCUCCUUCAUUACAGGUGGUAAUAUUCUGUUGAUAAUAUAGAAAGAUGAAUUUAAAAAUAGCAGUGUAAUUUAACUUGACAUUUAUGUACGUUCCCAUUUGAAUUGGAAUCUUGCUACUCUUGUUUACAUGAAUUAGGAAUAUGCUGCAUUAAAUGGACACUGCAGAUUGAAAUACUGGUCUUUGGGUUAUUAGCCCUUUGAACAAUUGUCACUAGUUUCAUUCAUCUCUUUGACAUUUCAGUUAAUCUUAGAUUUUUUUUCUUUGUACUACAAGUUAGGCCAAGCCUCAGUAUCUUCCAUAUAUUUUCUUUUCAAGAAUAUGUGCAUGGGAUUUUUAGUAUCUCUACCUAAAUACCAAGGUACACUGCAGCGCAAGAAGGUGCAAAUUAGUAUUUUACCCCAGUGUUAGUCAAGUGUUUAAUAUGCAUAAUAUUUUAGAAAACAGGUAUCAGAGAAUAUGGUCUGUUUAUAGUAGAAUGCUAAUUUUAAAAUAUAUAAAUUGGUUCUUAUAAACUCAUCUGAAAACAAUUACUUGAAGCAUCUUCCACUAAACUUAGCAAAUCCUGAUGUUCCUUUUUGACCUUCUCUAGAGUCAAGCCUUAACUUAGUUUUAAAAUUGGUACCCUUUUAUAUUUUGUUAAAUACAAGCAAUUUCCCACGUUUUCACAUUUAUCUAGCCAAUCACAAUGACUAUAAAUAAUAAAAUAUGGCAGAUUUUAUUCGUUGAUCUUAAUUUGCAUUAGAUUUUAUGACCAUUACGGGCUGAAGGAGAUGUGCCAUGUAUUUGCAAUCCUUUCUUAUGUUACAGUUCUUCCUUAUCUUCAUCUUGUCACUGUUAUGUAUAUUUAGCCCAUUCUCAGUAUCUGUAAGUGGUUCUAUCUUGCAAAGAUUUGGAAAUUAAUCAAAGAUACAAAUUAUACAGUGGAAUAUUUUCAUUAUUCUGAUAAACGAGAUGAUUUUUUUUCUUGGAUUUUAAUUUUUGAAGUGUCUGCUGUCAAGUAGCUUGACUUAACUGGAAAUGUUGUUUUGCCUUGCCUACAAUUAUUACAGAUAAUUUAACAGACUAAAUUUAAACACAGGUUUUUAAAUACUUGAUAGAAAGUUAAAUCGGUUCUUCCUUUAUAAUGGACUCAUAAGUUUCCUUACAUUGUAAUUUCAGUAAUUGCAUUUACUGAACCAAAUUUUACCACUGCUCCCUGGAAAAAGUGUUUUGAAAAAUAAGUCAUAGCUGAAAUACACAAAGAAAUGUGCAUAUUUUGGCAAUGCAGUUUAAUUUGGUUUAAAAAACAAAUUUGUCUCUUUACAACAUGAACUAUAAUACUACCUUGAGAAAAGUCUAUUUUAAGUUUUUACUCUGCAUAUUUAAUUUUUCUAAAUUCCUAUAAUUCAUAUUUUUGAUGAUGGACUUCAAAUAUUGAUAAAAUAGCAUAAAUCUAAGAUCUUUUUUGAUAUAUUUUUACUUCAAAAAGCAAAUGUAAGGUAUAGAAUUAUCAAUCCCAUUUCUUGAUAUUUUGAUAGUAUCUUAGCUAUUUUUGCCCAAUGACUGCGAUGGUGAAUAUAAUCAAUUACAAAAACCCAUUUCUGACAGUGAAAUCUUAUCUAAGACCCAUACAGGAUAGACUGUUUUUAGAUAGUGAUUCUAGAAAAAAAACACCCACUCAUUCCACAGAAAAUAAAACAGAUAAAAGUAGGAAAAUUAAUGACCAACACGUUAAGAUGGACAUCUGCAUAUUUUCCCCAAAUGUUUGCUCCACAAAAACAAAUAUUUGAUGUUUUAAAACCCACCACAACACUUAGAUAUUCAUCCAUCUAUACUUUAAAAAAAAAAGGGGGGGGGGGGUAGAAAACAUCAUAAACAAGAUUCAAGUUUAAAAAAAAUUAUUGGUCCUGCAU